GAGAGAGAUGCUGCAGCUGUGUAAGGUCACAGACUCCCUGUUCAUCAGCAACGCACGAUCAGCAUGCAGUCCUGAGCUAAUCCAGCAGGAGGCAGUCACCCUCUGCAUCAACGUCUCUAAGCAGCAGCCCUUCCCCACUGUUCGCGUCAACACGCUCCGGAUCCCUGUUUAUGAUGACCCCAAUGAGGACCUCUACCAGCACUUUGAUCACUGUGCGGAUGCCAUAGCCAAGGAAGCCAAACGGGGCGGACACAGCGUUGUGUACUGUAAGAAUGGCCGCAGCCGCUCUGCAACCAUCUGUGUGGCAUACCUAAUGAAGCAUCAGGGCCUGUCCUUAACAGAGGCCUUUCAGACUGUGAAAAAUGCCCGUUCAGUGGUGGAGCCAAACCCAGGUUUCUGGACCCAGCUGGAGAAAUAUGAGCAGGAACUGAAAACCAGACCAGUGCAAAUACAUAAACCCAAGCACUUCCUCCAACUGUCUGCUGAGCGAAUGCUUCCAUGGAGGAGACACUCAUCACAGCAUAAAUUCAGUGGAACAUAGCGGUUUGUGUAAUUUCAUUAUAUAUUUUGUUGCAUCUUUUGAGGUAUUCACACAAUUCGACUAGUCUGGACUUGGUGAAUACUAGAGUCUGGUCACUCACUCUCAUUGGCAGACCUUUUCAACACUAGCAUGGUGACGGGCAUGGAGAUGGCUUCAUUUUGAAAUCAUUGGUCCAGCGUAACCAAUCACAUUAAUCAGGGAUUCCAUAGCAGUAUUUCCUACUUUGUCUGAACUCUACAAACUGACAAUAAAUAGCAUUGGCAGUCAGGAGACAAUGUAGGCCUAUGUGGGCCUUCCUUCUCUGUGAAUACAUUUACACAUUGUUCCGACUGUCAUUUUUGAUGUUUGUAGACGUUGCUACUGCCGUUUACCUCAGCCAUUUUCGAUUUAGAAACUGUAGCAUCAUCCCCUGUCAUCACAGGUAAUCUGCCGACC